UUCCACUCAUCACAAACUCAAGCCGGGGACAGAAGACAGGCACACACACAUACACUCUGACACACGCUUGAAGGCGCAGGACCGAACACAACAUAGAGUACAGCAGUUCCAGGGGAAGCAGGAAUUUUUGUCCCCUUUCACACCACAGCGUUUUCCAGCAUGGAGCUUUUCGAGACCAACCCUUACUUCUUCCCUGACCAGCGUUUCUACGAGGGAGGGGACAGCUACUUCCCCUCUCGCCUGCCUGGGGGGUACGACCAAUCCACCUACCAGGAUAGGAACUCUGUGAUGGGCUUGUGUGGGAGUCUGUCUGGGGCUGUCGGAGUUGGGGUGGCAGGAACUGAGGACAAAGCCUCUCCUUCCAGCCUGUCACCCCACUCCGAGCCCCACUGCCCGGGUCAGUGCCUGCCCUGGGCCUGUAAGCUGUGCAAAAGGAAGACGGUCACCAUGGACCGCCGGAGAGCAGCCACGAUGAGGGAGAAGAGGCGCCUCAAGAAGGUGAACGAGGCCUUCGAUGCUCUGAAGAGGAGCACCCUGAUGAACCCAAACCAGAGGCUGCCCAAGGUGGAGAUCUUGCGGAGCGCCAUCCAGUAUAUCGAAAGACUGCAGGCCCUGGUGUCUUCCCUCAACCAGCAGGACACCGAGACGGGACAGCAGGGACUGCACUACCGAGCCAGCACGGCCCAGCCCAGAGUGUCGUCAAGUGAGCCCAGUUCAGGCAGCACCUGCUGCAGCAGCCCAGAGUGGAGCAGCACUCCAGAGCAGUGCACACAGAGCUACAGCAGCGAGGAUCUCCUGAGUGCUGCUGACUCUCCAGAGCAGGGGAACAUGCGCGCCCUGAGCUCCAUCGUGGACGGCAUCACUGCAGCAGCAGGCGGAGCCGUGGCCUUUCCUGUGGACAUUUCCAAAUAGAUCCUCCACAAGGCGGACCCAUAAGUGCACAGAGAGCCACAGACAUAAAUAUCAAUUGGCAAAGCAUGCUGAUAACCGGUCCAAUUUAAUUUAUUUUUCAGCGUUACUCAUCUGAGUGUCUUAUGCUAAAAUUUUAAAAUAAUGAUUCUAUUUGAGCUAUAACUCUGCUGUUUAAUGGGUCUGCUCACCAAACCGAAUUCCUCCUGUACACAAUGAGGCCUUAUUCCCUUAAUUCCCUGCCUUAUCCUGCGGUCCAGACCUGUCUGUCAGAGCCACAGGAGCUUAGUCAAACUAGAGAUUCAAGGACUUUACUGCAUGAACCCAACACCUAGUUACUAGAGUGGAUCCAUGUCAGGCUUACCUUCAGUCUGACAGAGCCACAGAGGAAUGAUAAAGCCUGGUUUUCUCCAUACUUAAAACUUAUUUAAGUUUUCCUCUUUUCGAAACCUUUCCCUGAUCUUUCAUUCUUUUUGUGUGUGUUUUUAUGCUUAAAAAAACAUGAGUUUAUUUUGUGGGGCCAAUAUGUACCAUGGCAGUUUUGACCAAGAUCUGCUUAAUUUAAACUGGUUAUAAAUGCUAGUGAUGUAAAUACGUUCCCUUUUUCUACAGAGUGGUUUUGCCAUUUUAUUUUUUAUUUUUUGCUAACUUAUUUUUGACUUUUAUAACUAAGAUUGUUGUGUAUUUGUAGAUGUUCUGAAAAGUGAUAUUUUCUGUCCAAUUCUUGCAAUAAAGACCAUUUUCAAUAUCUUGUAUGUGAUUGUCCUUAAAGGUGCAAUGUGCAAUACCUGCCAACAUGCUUCAACGAAAUGGGGGGCAGCGUGUCACCUCCUCCCACCCAGAUUAUGUACAUUUAGACAUGCGUAAUAAAUCUUGAAAUACCUUAUAAAAUGAAAAGGGAAAAUUCCAAACUCCAAAUCUUGCCUCAUCUUAUAAAAGUAAUGCCAAGUGGUUACACUAUGGUAAACUAAUCUACAUUUUUAGUUGGUAUAAUAAACACAACACAAAACAACAACAAAAUAACACUCCUAUUUUAUAAUCUUCUCAUCCAAACCAUAUAUCUACGCCACUUGGAAUGUUUUUCAAUACGGUUUGUUGUCAUUAGUUGCACUAAAGAUGUGUUUCCGCAAAAUAGCCAACAUUAAAUGUUACGAGUCCAAUAAAAAGGUUUAGAGUUCAGCAUGAAAC